AUGAAACGCGCCGUUGGCUCGUUUUUGCAUUACGUGCAUUUGGAUACAAUAAUGUUGGUAAUCUCGACAUUGGCACCGCUGUUUCGCACGGCGUUCGCGCCAAACGACAGCUGCGUCAGCGCCCCGUUCGCCGUAAACUGCACGGGCGGCGCGGUCGUCCACACGUUCGGCGGCGUGCCGGUGAUCGGGAUCGACUCGACGACGGUCGCGCCGCGGCUCACCGAAAUCGUAGCGCCCGCGUUAUUGCCCAGGACCCGGUACUCAAACGUCACCUGGUACGUGGCGUGGUUCGUCGUGCCCGUCGUCUGCGUGACGAUGGAGGAGCCGAUGCCCAGCGCGUGGAGAUGGACGCAGCUGACGCCGUUGCCGUGGCAGUUGCGGGCGAUGGAGGGCGCAUAG